AUGAGUCGGGACAGAAACAGGGCCGGCAGCUGAGACGCGAGCAGCAGCGGAAGUGUGGGGAAAUGGCCGAGUCUUCGCUAACUUCACUGAAAUAAACUCUGUAACUGCUGACUCUAAAGAGAAAGGAAUUAACUUUAUGUCCGGCUGGUCAUAAGUGAGAGUUUUGGGAAAGUGUGACUAUCUUAAGGACAUGGCAGACAUAGUGGCAUGACAUGGCAGACAUAAAGGUCAGUCAGCAUGUUCCUGACUCUGACCUGAUGCCUUUUUUCUCUGCUACAUCUGCCAUGGAAGGGCAGAACUGUUCUCAUACAGAGGGAACGCAGAUGGAUACUGGAAUGUUGGGACUGGCCUCUUCUGCUAUGGAGAGUCCGCUUUGCACACCAUGGAAUUUCUCGCAGAUCCCUUUCAACCUGCGUUGGCCUGCACAGUCUGGGAGUCAGCAACACUGUUCCAGCAGCACUGAAGAGAUGCACAUGGACAUUUUCAGCCAUUCCACUUUUCCUGAUCUUGAUAUGUUGAAUCUUCCCUACAAUGGAGACUUCUUUCCGGACCUUGUAUGUAUAGAUGACAGCUCCCUCUUCUCUUCUUCUGACUCCCUGUCUGAGUAUGUAGAUGACAGCUUGCCAUCUGUACCUACCAUAUGGGACAUCAAUACACCAGCACAGAAUCAGGAGCUGAAUUCCAGCCAGUUUCAGGGUUUAAACAGUUUAGAGGAUAUCACUGCUAUAAUCAGCACACCGCCUCUGGGGAGCAUUCAGAGUUCACAGCCGCAGCCAGAGGAGGAGGAGGAGAUAGAGGAAGAGGAGACAGAAGAGCUUGGCCAUGUAGACACCUAUGCUGACUACAAACCUUCAAAAUCCACUAUAGGAAAUUCGCAUCCUGACCGUGUAGUGGAGACCAACACUCUUUCCAGUGUCCCUCCACCUGACAUCAGCUACACUCUCUCCAUUCCCGUGGCCAUCAUAGAAAGCGGUGUGCUCUCUGCCCUGCAGCUUGAGGCAAUCAUCUAUGCCUGCCAACAACAUGAGGUGAUCCUACAGAACAAGCAGAGAGCAGGUUUUCUGAUAGGAGAUGGAGCUGGAGUGGGAAAGGGCCGCACAGUGGCCGGGAUCAUCCUUGAGAACUACCUAAAGGGAAGGAGGAAAGCACUCUGGUUCAGUGUAUCCAAUGACCUCAAGUAUGAUGCUGAACGAGAUCUUCAGGACAUUGGUGCUCCUAAUAUUCUAGUACAUGCCUUGAAUAAGAUAAAGUAUGGAGACACAGCUACCUCAGAAGGGGUUCUGUUUGCUACCUACUCGGCUCUGAUUGGAGAGAGCCAAGCAGGAGGCCAGCGUCGCACCAGGCUCAAGCAGAUCCUGGAUUGGUGUGGACCUGACUUUGAUGGAGUCAUCGUGUUUGAUGAAUGCCAUAAAGCCAAAAAUGCCACAUCCACCAAAAUGGGCAAAGCUGUGCUGCAGCUACAGAACAAGCUUCCUCUGGCCAGGGUGGUGUACGCCAGUGCCACAGGUGCCUCCGAGCCAAAGAACAUGAUCUACAUGAGUCGUCUGGGCAUCUGGGGCGAAGGAACACAAUUUAGGACAUUUGAUGACUUCCUCCAUGCUAUAGAAAAGAGAGGUGUGGGUGCCAUGGAGAUUGUUGCCAUGGACAUGAAGGUGAGUGGGAUGUACAUUGCACGGCAGCUGAGCUUCUCAGGGGUGUCCUUCCGCAUUGAAGAGAUCAGCUUGGAUGAAGACUUCACACUCGUUUACAACAAAGCCGCCAGACUGUGGGCAGAAGCUUUGGCCGUGUUCACUCAGGCGGCUGAUUUGCUCGGUAUGGUGUCCAGGAAGUCUCUGUGGGGUCAGUUCUGGUCUUCCCACCAGCGCUUUUUCAAAUACCUCUGCAUCGCCUCUAAGGUGCGCUGUCUGGUCGAGCUGGCCAAGAAGGAGUUGGAAGCUGGCAAGUGCGUUGUAAUUGGGCUACAGUCCACGGGUGAAGCACGAACCCGAGAAGUUCUUGAUGAAAACGAAGGACACCUCGACAAAUUUGUGUCUGCCGCAGAGGGUGUGUUCCAGUCCCUGGUCCAAAAGCACUUCCCUUCAGAGAAACAGCAAAGAGAGAAGGCAGCAGCCAGCAAGAGGAAACUACGUGUGUGUGGUGUAGGUAAGCCCAAAGGCCGGCAGUUGAAGUGCCCUAAGCAGGGUGCAGAUGCCAGAAGCAUCAUUAACAUCAGCGAUGACAGCAGCACAGAGUCUGAUGGAGUGGACAGCGACUGUAACUGGUCUCCAGAUUCACUACAGGACAAUAGCGAUGAUGUCAUCUUCAUUACACAAACCAACUGUCAUGCUGCUCGUUUGGAGGAGAUAAAGCAAAGCCUCCUUAAUAAAAUCUCUGAGCUUGGGAAAGAACUACCUCUGAACACAUUGGAUGAGCUCAUAGAUAAAUUUGGAGGUCCAGAGAAGGUUUCAGAGAUGACAGGACGGAAGGGCCGAGUGGUUCGGCGGCCAGAUGGAAGUGUGCGCUAUGAGUCUCGUGCUGAGCACGGCCACACCAUUGACCACAUCAACAUCAAAGAAAAGGAUCGCUUCAUGAACGGAGAGAAGCUGGUGGCUAUAAUCUCUGAGGCGGCCAGUUCAGGAAUUUCUUUGCAAGCAGACAGGCGGGUGAAGAACCAGCGCAGGCGAGUCCACAUGACCCUGGAGUUGCCCUGGAGUGCUGACCGGGCCAUCCAGCAGUUUGGUCGCACUCAUCGCUCCAACCAAGUCACAGCACCGGAGUACAUCUUCCUCAUCUCUGAACUGGCUGGCGAAAGACGCUUCGCUUCUAUUGUGGCUAAGAGGCUGGAGAGCCUGGGAGCUCUGACGCACGGUGACCGAAGAGCAACAGAGUCUAGAGACUUGAGCAAGUACAACUUUGAAAAUAAAUAUGGUAACAGGGCUUUAGAGAAGAUCACCAAAGCCAUUCUGGGUCACACUGAGAGUAAGGUGGCCCCUCCCAAGGGCUAUCCAGGUGGUGACGCCAUGUUCUUCAGAGACAUGAAGCAAGGCAUGAUGGAUGUUGGCAUUUUCUGCAAGGAGGCUCGCUUUGGCAUCAGCCCUGAGAAAGACUGCACCAUUACUAAGUUCCUCAAUCGAAUUUUGGGUCUGGAGGUGCACAAGCAGAACUCUCUCUUUCAGUACUUCAGUGACAAUUUUGACUACCUGAUUGAAAAGGACAAGAAGGAAGGCAAAUAUGAUAUGGGGAUCUUGGAUCUGGCUCCCGGUAAUGAUGAGAUCUCCAACGAGACUCAAGAGAAGUUUCUGACUCCAGGCAACCCACAGGAAGGCCAAGUCAUUCUCUAUAAGAUCAGUGUGGACAGGGGCAUGCCCUGGGAGGAGGCUCUCAAAAAGGCUCAUACACUCAGCAACCCAGACGAAGGCUUCUACAUCUCCCACAAGCUGAGAGGGAGUCACCCAUGUGUGCUGCUGGCCGAGCUGGGCAGAGGUCACCACCUGACUGUCUACAAGCCCAAUGUGGGCAAACAAAAGCAACCGGAGAAUCUGGAGAACAUCCAAAAGAAGUACCGCAAGGUGACUCCUGAGGAGGCGAAGGAAAGCUGGGAGAAUCAGUUCACUUUCUCCUUCAGGAAAUGUAGCCAUGCCAACUGGAACGGGAGGUGCAAAAAGGUCGACGAGGGCCAGGAAUGUUUGCAGGGUAUGCGCUUGCGGCAGUACCACGUCCUUUGCGGUGCUCUCCUGUGUGUGUGGAAGCGUGUAGCUGACGUGGUGGCAGAUGUAACCAGCUCCAGCAUCCUGCAAAUCGUACGCCUCAAAACCAGGGAGCACAAGCAAGUGGGUAUAAAGAUCCCAGAGAACUGCGUGGCUCAAGUGCGAGAUGAGCUGGGCCGGAUGGAUAAGGAGGUGAAAAGGAGGCGUCAGGAGAAAGAGCAGCAGGCUCAGGAGCAGUGGCUGGCCGAACAGCGAAAGAGGAUGUUGGAAGAACGUCACAGAGAUCUAUCUGUGCUCUACUCCCAACCUCCCCAACUCUCAAGCCUGACCAACCUUUAUACUGGCCCCUUAUUCUCUUCUUUUGCUCCCCUCUCAUUUAAAAACCCAACAGAGGGCGCCCUGGACCUGACGAACCCUGGCUCUUCUCGCCUUUCCCCGCACAACACGGGAACAGACAUCCUCUCUGUGCCUGUCUCUGUGCCUGUCACGGAUUUCAGCAUGAAGGUUUUCCCAAAGGUGGAGCAGCAGCAGCAGAGUCAGCCGGCUCUGAGAGACCCUGCGCACCAGGAAUUGUUCGACUUUCUCAACUCGCCGCCAGAAGAAUGCCACUCUGCGCUUCCCUCUUCUUCACCGGACUCUUUACACACUGCUUUAACCCCCUCAGCGAGCCUCUUCUCCAACUCCACCAUCCAUUCUUCCUCCUCAUCAUCAUCCCUUUUCUCUGCUUCACUCCCAUCAUCUUCUUCUUCACUGUCACUCUUUUCCUCCGUGCCACCGUCGGACAAGCACUCAUUUGCUAACUGCACUGAAGACACCGCCAUCAACGCCAAAGAGGUGCUGAGCAGUAUGCUGAGGAGCGGCUCAGAGUCCCGCCAGUCUGUCAUUCACUUCAGAGUACCCGAGUCAGAGCACCUGUCCUAAACACAGCCUAGUGUGUAAAACAGGCCUGUUGGGUUUGUCACACAGUGAUGCACCAAGCUGACAUAGUCAAAUUAGCACCAACAAAAAGGAGCAGGUUGGCUGAUCCUGUUAGCUCAUGUUAUCUUCAAGAAGUUGAACUCGAACAACAUGCCUGCAUGUUCUGUCCCUGUGUGAAAGGAAAUAACUCUCCAUACCAGGAGGUCUGUGUGCUAUAUACAAAAAGGAAAACAAUUACAAGACACAGUAUUUUAUGUCCCAGCUCUUAUACUACUGUAUUAGAUGCUAUGUCAAAACAGUAUACCAUCUACCACUUAUAUCAAUCACAGAGGUGCCAACAUCUCCAGCUCAUGAUUUUUGACACUACAGGAGCCACCUGAAAUCAGUACUUUUCUGCUUUUUUAGAUAAAGCAGAACUAAAUUUUGCCUGUCAGGCAAAGAAAAAAAAAAAAAAAGAAAAUUCACUGAAGAUAUCACUUGUAAUGGUAUACAAUUUUGACGUCUGUUUAAGCCUAACCACACAAACCAACCUAGCUGCCAUUUUCUUGCCACUGUGAAUCUGUUUUAAACUCUCCGCUCGGCCAUUUUGUUGCAAGAAGUUGCAAGAUGAGCAGAACAUGAGGUGUACUCUGUGUGUGUGAUCGAGAGUGUUAGCUUACUUUGCUUACUUUUAGUUUCUUUUCUCCUGAUGAGCAGCCAGUCAGAGACCUCUAUUCCUCUGGCAUCUAAUAUCAGUUCAGCACUAUCAGGACUGAGGAAUGUCACAAAAAUACUACAGACAGUGGUGCUAGUUGGGAUCGGUUGCUCAACAGUUGGCUUGGUGUGUCACUAAAUCUGGUUUUUGUGUGUUACAGACCUGCACUGGACUCAUUCACACUCUAGACAGACACACACUGUUUGUUAGAGGGAGCCCACCAACCUGAUAGCUGUCCACAUUUACUCAGAUUAGAUUUAAAUGUUUUCUACGUUUGUUUAAACAGAUCAAAAAUAGAAAAAACAAAGGACUAGGGCUUAAAAAUCCAACACUGAACUGGAAGUGUUGAGACCAGUCCAACAUGGACAGUUCUUUGAGUCACACUGCCCUCUACUGGCACAUCUAUGUCACACGUCAUCUCUUGUGCUGAAACUUCUGUCAUGCUGAAACCAAAACUGGAAAAGUACAAACAGAAGAGAACCGCACCCAAACCUGCUCUAUAUGCUUCACAGCUUUCUGUCACAAUCAGCUCCUGCGAUUACAGCGAGCGAAAUAACAGACUACUGUUUAGCACAGUGCCUUCGGAACAUACUAGGGAAUGUAGUGUUGUAAACAGACACCUGUACAGUAUAUAUUUGUAUACAAUGCGUUGACAUUUUAUUUAUUGUUUUUAUUUAUCUGACCUCAUUACUGGACUGGUGAGAGCAUAGGACAAACCCCACCGGUCCACCCGAAUGUCCCGAAACAUGCUUCUGUCUUCUUUACACACCAGAGUAAUUAAUGCAUUUGUGCUUCUGCUGUUAAUGGGUUAACGCAGUAGUGAUUCAGGGCUGAUACCAAAUUUUUCAGCUUCAGCUUUUAAUCUUAAAAUGUGAUUCCUGUUCUUAAUUGUUUGCUCUCAGGUAACGCAAAGAAUCUGUUCAACCCCAAUCAGUAUGACACCUACAGAUGGAUAUAGACCCAUCAGGGCAGUUACGGUGCACUUAGUGCAUGCAUGUAUUGGGUUUCACAGAACAAAAGCAACGUACAAAGAUGCUUCAGUGAUUCAGACCAACAAAACUGACCAAGACUUGACCAAAACGCUGAACAGGGAUGCAGUAUAGAGAUGUAAAAAUAUUAUAUAAUCUGGGUGAUGGGAUAAUCUCUUGCAGUAUAUUUCAUUUAAUUUAUAGUGAUUUAUCUUUUUUUCUUAAAGGGAUCUUCUGUUCAUGCUAUAUGCUUAUACAACUUGUGCAAAAGGAAGAAAAUGAAACAAAAUGGAGACGAGGAAUUAUUUAAAAACCCAAACAAGACAAAGUAGAGAUGGGUGAUGUGGCAAAAAUAUCACAAUUCUUGAUAGACAAUACACUAUAUUUAGGUUUGCUGUUUCCUCUGGGUUCUUUGGUUUCCACCACCUCCCAAAAACAUGCAAUUGGUGUGUGUGUGUGUGUGUGUGUGUGUGUGUGUGUGUGUGUGUGUGUGUGUGUGUGUGUGUGUGUGAGGGUGUAUUUCCAUCUCGCACACAGUAUUCCCAGGAUAGGUUCUGUGACUCUGAUGGGGAUAAAGCACUUACUGAAUAUGAAUGAAUUAUAUUUAAUACAAAAAUGUAUUAUUUAACACAAAAUAAUAAUAACACACUCAACUAUUUGUUGAGAGAAGCAAAGAAAUUGCUGUUAUAAAAGCACUGACAAAACCUGCGAUAUCAAACUUUAAAAAAAAUGUAUUGUGACCCAAUUUAUCAUGAAAUUGAUAUUUUAUAGUCAUAUCGCCCAGCCCUAAGUAAGUCAUUUGCACCAUAAUAUUGCACUGUUCUGUAUUUCUGCACGAGAUUAAUAUAUUGUUAAUAACAUUAUUGUUAUAAACUAUUAUUAUUAUUAUUGUUGUUGUUGUUGUUUAAAUUAAUAAUAAUAAUAAUAAUAAUAAUAAUAAUUUUUUUUUUUUUUUUUUUUUUUUUUGGUGGACCCAAGUACAUUCAAACUUGAAGCCUUAAUCAGUGUGGGUGUAUGUGUGUGUAUGUGUCGAUCCUUCAGUGAUUCCUGAUUGAGGCUUUUUUAAUAUUGUAGUAAAUUACAUUGUCCUUUAUCUCAGGAAGAAAUCUUAGUGGUGUGGCUCGAUAGUUUUAUUUUAUUGUCCAGAUUGAAACUAAUACAUGCCCAUUGUACACGUUUUAUCAGUAUAUUACACUCAGCCACUCUCUCAGGCUUUGUGUGCAAAAACAAGCAGGUAUUCCUGCAGCAAAUUUUGUUUAUCUUCUCAUGAAAUGUUGCUUAUUGAUUAUAGUGUGUAUGCCAAACUAUCUAAAGGCACAGAUCAGAUAUUAUUUAUUAAAAACAGACACCGUUUCUGCUGAUAAAUGAUGUUCAGACUUGGAUCCAUGUUGUGUAUUUGCUUUUGAACAUUUUUCCACAUGCAGGAGACAGUAAUGUUUUCUUUAUCAGACACAUGUGAAGCUCUCCCAGGCACAUCCCAGUCUGCAUGCAUAUGCGUGAAUAUACUAAAACUAAAUGGAUUUAUGGUUCCAGCCCUGUGGUCCUUAAUUUGGCCUUUGUUUUCUAGCAGAUGACGAAUAUUAAAACUCCAAUCAGAGCGAUUUUACCUGGUUGAUUUUAUUAAUGUUAUCGAAUAAAUAUCCUUGAAUCUUUCAUCUCAUGGUGUUUAGGACAAAUUCAAUAUGGCACACUUAAAAAGACUGAAACGUGAUGAACCCAAAUGAACGUACAUAUUGUACACUAAUAAGGAUGUUGUUGUUAUAGUUGUAGUUAUUAUUAUUAUUAGUGUUAUUAUAAAAGAAUACCUAUGAAACUGCCGUCUCAGUUGCCGUGAUUUCUGUUUGGGCCCUUAACAUAAGAUGAAGUGAGUCCUGAACCUGUUAUAGACACACAGUCAUGAUCUUGCACUCUACAUUAACCUCCAUGACUAGAUAUAAAUUAAUAUCUGUUAGUCAUUUCUUCUGUAUAAAAAUUUGCACUAAAAGUAAAAUUGAAACGUUUCGGUAUGAUGGAGACUUUUUGUUUGUUCUGUCCCUUUAAAACUAUGUAUUGUAAAAGUUGAGCACCAUCUGUAAUAUCACUUUUAAGUAAUUUAUUGUUUAACACAAUGAGAUAAAACUGUGCUACUGAACUUCUGUAUCUGGGGUUUGUCCUUUUUAUUCUGCCUUUUGCUUUGCUUUGUGUAUUUAUAUCUGAUGUUGAGAUGUACAUACUGCAAAAUGAUUUGUGCCUUUCAGCUAUUUCUUAACAAAAUUUUCUAUGUAUAACAAAAUGAACAUACAGGAGUGCAAUGUUUGUUAUUAACAUGGCAAUGAAUAAAAUGAUUCUAUUGCUGGAA